CGGUUUCGCAUCUCCGAUAGACUCUCGAUUAACGUGUGCUGUGUUUCGCAGGAAGGCUCCAGGGCUGUGUUCUCGUGUCUCGACUAGCCCAAAAGUCUCGUUAGCCCUCCGAAAUGCCGAAGCCCCAAGUUCAGGAGGGUGAGGACCCCGAUCCAACCCCAUACCUGUUCGUUUCUCUAGAACAGAAACGUAUCGACCAGAGCAAGCCAUACGAUGGCAAGAAAGCAUGCUGGGUUCCGGACGAAAAGGAGGGCUUCUUGCAGGGCGAGAUUAAGGCCACCAAGGGUGACCUGGUGACCGUCAGCCUUCCUGGAGGCGAGACAAAAGACUUCAAGAAGGAUGUUGUAGGUCAAGUCAACCCACCUAAGUACGAGAAAUGCGAGGAUAUGUCCAACUUGACAUACCUCAACGAUGCUUCAGUCUUGUAUAACUUGAAGCAAAGAUAUUACCAUAAGCUUAUCUACACGUAUUCGGGUCUCUUCUGUGUGGCCAUCAACCCUUACAAGAGAUACCCCGUGUACACGACCCGAUGCGCCAAGCUCUACCGAGGCAAGCGUCGUUCGGAAGUGCCCCCCCACAUCUUUGCCAUUUCUGACGGUGCUUACGUUAACAUGUUGACCAACCACGAGAAUCAAUCUAUGUUGAUUACCGGUGAGUCUGGUGCCGGGAAGACUGAGAACACGAAGAAGGUAAUUGCGUACUUCGCCACCGUCGGUGCGUCUCAGAAGAAGGACCCCAACCAGGAGAAGAAGGGAUCCCUGGAGGACCAAGUCGUACAAACUAACCCUGUGCUUGAAGCCUUCGGUAACGCCAAGACUGUGCGUAACGACAACUCCUCGCGUUUCGGUAAAUUCAUCCGUAUCCACUUCGGCCCCUCUGGAAAACUGGCUGGUGCUGACAUUGAGACCUAUCUGCUGGAGAAGGCUCGUGUCAUCUCUCAACAGGCUCUUGAACGUUCCUACCACAUCUUCUACCAGAUGAUGUCUGGUUCCGUAGCUGGACUUAAAGAAAUGUGUAUGCUGUCAAACGACGUAUAUGACUAUUACAUCGUAUCGCAAGGCAAAACUACCAUUCCCAACGUAGAUGAUGGAGAGGAAUGUACUUUGACUGACAAAGCCUUCGACAUCCUGGGUUUCACCCAAGAAGAGAAGGACAAUGUAUACAAGAUCACCGCCGCCGUCAUGCACAUGGGUAGCAUGAAGUUCAAGCAGAGGGGUCGUGAGGAGCAGGCUGAGGCUGACGGUACCGAGGAUGGUGAGAAGGUCGCCAAGCUUCUCGGUGUCGACUGCCAGGACUUGUACAAGAACUUGUUGAAGCCCCGCAUCAAGGUCGGAAACGAGUUCGUAACCCAGGGUCGUAACAAGGACCAGGUCACGAACUCCGUCGGUGCUCUUUGCAAGGGUAUCUUCGAUCGUCUCUUCAAGUGGCUCGUCAAGAAGUGUAACGAGACUCUGGACACCAAGCAGAAGAGGCAGCACUUCAUCGGUGUACUGGAUAUUGCUGGUUUCGAGAUCUUCGACUACAACGGUUUCGAGCAACUCUGCAUUAACUUCACCAAUGAGAAGCUGCAGCAGUUCUUUAACCACCACAUGUUCGUACUUGAGCAAGAAGAGUACAAGAAAGAGGGCAUCAACUGGGCCUUCAUCGAUUUCGGAAUGGACUUGCUCGCUUGUAUCGAUCUGAUCGAGAAGCCCAUGGGUAUCCUCUCCAUCCUUGAGGAAGAGUCUAUGUUCCCCAAAGCCACCGAUCAGACCUUCGUUGAGAAGUUGAACAACAACCACUUGGGCAAGUCUGCUCCCUUCCUGAAGCCCAAGCCCCCCAAGCCUGGUUGCCAAGCCGCCCACUUCGCUAUUGGUCACUACGCCGGUAAUGUCGGCUACAACAUCACUGGGUGGCUUGAGAAGAACAAGGAUCCCCUUAACGACACCGUCGUAGACCAGUUCAAGAAGGGACAAAACAAACUGAUGAUUGAGAUCUUCGCUGACCAUCCUGGUCAGUCCGGAGAUGCUGGCGCUGGUGGUGGUGGCAAGGGCGCUGGUGGCAAGCGCGCCAAGGGUUCUGCCUUCCAGACCGUAUCAUCACUCUACAGGGAACAACUUAACAACUUGAUGACGACUUUGAGGUCUACUCAGCCUCACUUCGUACGUUGUAUCAUCCCCAACGAGUUGAAGCAGCCUGGUCUCAUUGACUCCCACCUUGUGAUGCACCAGCUGACCUGUAACGGUGUGCUUGAGGGUAUCCGUAUUUGCCGUAAAGGUUUCCCCAACAGAAUGGUCUACCCUGACUUCAAGCUCCGCUACAAGAUCCUGGCCCCUCAAGCUGUGGACAAGGAAACUGACCCUAAGAAAAUCGCCCAAGCCAUCCUGGACGCGACGGGUCUGGAUGUCGAGUCUUACCGUCUGGGUCAUACCAAGGUGUUCUUCCGUGCCGGUGUCCUGGGUCAGAUGGAAGAGUUGCGUGACGACAGGUUGUCCAAGAUUGUGUCUUGGCUCCAGGCCUACAUCCGUGGUUACCUGUCCCGUAAGGAGUUCAAGAAGUUGCAGGAACAGAGGGUCGCUCUCCAAGUUGUCCAGCGCAACUUGCGCAAAUACCUGCAACUCCGCACCUGGCCCUGGUGGAAACUGUGGCAGAAGGUCAAGCCCCUCCUCAACGUCACCCGUAUCGAGGACCAAAUCGAGGAAUUGGAAAAGAAGGCCGCGAAGGCACAGGAGGCGUUCGAAAAGGAGGAAAAACUUCGCAAGGAGCUGGAGGCCCUCAACGCCAAGCUGCUUGAGGAGAAGACCCUGCUGCUGUCCAACCUCGAGGGAGAGAAGGGCUCUCUCUCGGAGUUCCAGGACCGCGCCGCCAAGCUCCAGGCGCAGAAGGCUGACCUCGAGUCGCAACUCAGGGACACCCAAGACCGCCUGACCCAGGAGGAGGAUGCCCGCAACCAGCUCUUCCAAGCCAAGAAGAAGUUGGAGCAGGAAGUAUCCGGCUUGAAGAAGGACAUCGAGGACCUCGAAUUGAGCGUCCAGAAGUCCGAACAGGACAAGGCCACCAAGGACCACCAGAUCCGCAACUUGAACGACGAGAUCGCCCACCAGGAUGAACUCAUCAACAAGCUCAACAAGGAAAAGAAAAUGCAGGGUGAAUCCAGCCAGAAGACCUCUGAAGAACUCCAGGCUGCCGAGGACAAGGUCAACCACCUCAACAAAGUUAAGCAGAAGUUGGAGCAGACUCUUGACGAGUUGGAAGACUCUCUUGAGCGCGAGAAGAAACUGCGUGGUGAUGUUGAGAAGCAGAGGAGGAAGGUUGAGGGCGACCUUAAGCUUACCCAGGAGGCUGUCGCCGACCUCGAACGCAACAAGAAGGAACUCGAGCAGACCAUCCAGCGCAAGGACAAGGAAAUUUCUUCCCUCACCGCCAAGCUGGAGGACGAGCAAUCCCUUGUCAGCAAGCUGCAGAAGCAGAUCAAGGAACUACAGGCCCGCAUCGAAGAACUCGAGGAAGAGGUCGAAUCCGAACGCCAGGCUCGCGCUAAGGCAGAGAAGCAGCGUGCCGACCUCGCCCGCGAGCUCGAAGAGUUGGGUGAGCGCCUGGAGGAAGCCGGUGGCGCCACCUCAGCUCAGAUCGAGCUCAACAAGAAGCGUGAGGCUGAGCUCAGCAAACUCCGCCGCGACCUGGAGGAGGCCAACAUCCAGCAUGAGUCCACCCUCGCCAACCUCCGCAAGAAGCACAACGAUGCUGUUGCCGAGAUGGGAGAGCAGCUCGACCAGCUCAACAAGCUCAAGGCUAAGGCUGAGAAAGAGCGCUCUCAAUACUUUAGCGAGGUCAAUGACCUUCGCGCUGGGGUCGACCACUUGUCCAACGAAAAGGCUGCCCAAGAGAAGAUCGUCAAGCAACUGCAACACCAGCUCAACGAGGUCCAGAGCAAGGCUGAUGAGGCCAACCGCACCCUCAACGACCUGGACGCCGCCAAGAAGAAGCUGUCCAUUGAGAACUCCGACCUGCUCCGCCAAUUGGAGGAGGCCGAAUCCCAGGUGUCUCAGCUGUCCAAGAUCAAGGUGUCGCUCACCACACAGCUGGAGGACACCAAGAGGCUCGCCGACGAGGAGGCCAGGGAACGCGCCACCCUUCUUGGCAAGUUCCGCAACCUGGAGCACGACCUGGACAACAUCCGCGAACAGGUCGAGGAGGAAGCCGAGGGCAAGGCUGACCUUCAACGCCAACUGUCCAAGGCCAACGCCGAGGCCCAACUGUGGCGCUCCAAGUACGAGUCCGAGGGCGUCGCCCGCUCCGAGGAGCUCGAGGAGGCCAAGCGCAAGCUCCAGGCCCGUCUCGCCGAGGCCGAGGAGACCAUCGAAUCACUCAACCAGAAGGUUGUUGCCCUCGAGAAGACCAAGCAGCGCCUCGCCACCGAAGUCGAGGACCUGCAACUCGAGGUUGACCGUGCCACCGCUAUUGCCAAUGCUGCUGAGAAGAAGCAGAAGGCGUUCGACAAGAUCAUUGGCGAAUGGAAACUCAAGGUCGACGAUCUCGCCGCCGAGCUUGACGCCAGCCAGAAGGAAUGCCGCAACUACUCCACCGAAUUGUUCCGCCUCAAGGGUGCCUACGAGGAGGGACAGGAACAGCUCGAGGCUGUCCGCCGCGAGAACAAGAACCUCGCCGACGAAGUCAAGGACUUGCUUGACCAGAUCGGCGAAGGUGGUCGCAACAUCCACGAAAUCGAGAAGGCCAGGAAGCGCCUUGAGGCCGAGAAAGACGAGCUCCAGGCUGCCCUUGAGGAAGCCGAGGCUGCCCUCGAACAGGAGGAGAACAAGGUCCUGCGUGCUCAGCUUGAGCUGUCCCAGGUCAGACAGGAGAUCGACAGGCGCAUCCAGGAGAAAGAAGAGGAAUUCGAGAACACCCGCAAAAACCACCAGCGCGCUCUCGACUCCAUGCAGGCUUCCCUCGAAGCCGAGGCUAAGGGCAAGGCUGAGGCCCUUCGCAUGAAGAAGAAGCUCGAAGCCGACAUCAACGAGCUCGAAAUCGCUCUCGACCACGCCAACAAGGCUAACGCUGAGGCCCAGAAGAACAUCAAACGCUACCAGGCUCAGAUCAAGGACCUCCAGACCGCCCUUGAGGAGGAACAGCGCGCCCGUGACGAUGCCCGCGAACAGCUCGGCAUCUCUGAACGUCGUGCCAAUGCUCUUCAGAACGAGCUCGAGGAGUCCAGAACUCUCCUGGAACAGGCCGACCGUGCCCGUCGCCAGGCUGAACAGGAACUUGGCGAUGCUCACGAACAGCUCAACGAACUUUCCGCCCAGAACGCUUCCCUGUCUGCCGCCAAGAGGAAACUCGAAUCCGAAUUGCAGACACUGCACUCCGACCUGGACGAGCUCCUCAACGAGGCUAAGAACUCUGAGGAGAAGGCUAAGAAGGCCAUGGUUGACGCCGCUCGUCUCGCCGAUGAGCUCCGCGCCGAACAGGAACACGCCCAGACACAGGAGAAACUCCGCAAGGCCCUUGAGCAACAAAUCAAGGAACUGCAGGUCAGACUGGAUGAGGCUGAAGCAAACGCCCUUAAGGGAGGCAAGAAGGCCAUCCAGAAGCUCGAACAGAGGGUAAGAGAGCUCGAGAACGAGCUCGACGGUGAACAGAGGAGGCACGCGGACGCACAGAAGAACCUGCGCAAGGCCGAGAGGCGCAUCAAGGAGCUGACCUUCCAGGCUGAGGAAGACCGCAAAAACCACGAGCGUAUGCAAGACCUGGUCGACAAACUGCAACAGAAGAUCAAGACCUACAAGAGGCAGAUCGAAGAGGCAGAAGAAAUCGCCGCCCUCAACUUGGCUAAGUUCCGCAAGGCACAGCAGGAGUUGGAAGAGGCUGAAGAGAGGGCAGACCUGGCUGAACAGGCCAUCAGCAAAUUCCGUGGCAAGGGACGCGCAGGAUCCGCGGCGAGAGGAGUCAGUCCGGCGGCGUCCGUUAAAGGGCGUCCCUAAGUCAGCACUGGAGUUCUAUCCCCAGCGCACGCGCCCCACGCUCGCAGACGCCCUGGGCACCUUCCCACCUAGGUUCGACCUGGCGCCCGAAGAUUUCUAAACGUUCCACAAACAAAAACGGACUGUACAGAUUUUUCGUUGAAAUGUAACUUAAUUUUUUUAUAAGCAGUUGAAUGUUACGAAAGCGUGAAACGAGAAACUGUAAUUUUUUUUUAAACCACAAAAAAAUAUACACUCUAGUGAUCUAAUCUUUUUACGAAAGGCUAUUUUGUAACUUGUUGAUAUUUAUUUAUAUUUAUUAUUUAUUAACGUGGUAUGUACCAUGUGAGGGGGGGAGGGGUUGGCUCGCGCCGAAGCCGCUAGUUCAACCGAGACACGCCCCCCACCCCCGCACCGGCGCCGGCGUGCGCCUAUCCCUCUCUCACUUCUUUUGCCAUCUAAUAAAGCGAUAUCGUUGUCAUAAAAUACUAAAA